AUGGCCGACCCAUUAGUUCAACCCGGCAAGAGGAAACGCGAGGAGGAAUCGGAGUCGGCCCAGACUCCUGGGCCCAAAGGCGACAAAGCGGCUGUAGGGAAUGGAACCGCCAGCUCCACCAGUUUCCCUUUUUCCGGCUUCCGAUUGCAGAAAGUGCUCAAGGAAUCUUCGCGGGAUAAAAUAAUUUUCCUUCAUGGGAAGGUGAAUGAGACCUCUGGGGAUGGAGAUGGGGAUGAUGCAGUUGUCAUCCUAGAGAAGACUCCCUUCCAAGUGGACCAAGUGGCUCAGCUCCUGCUGGGGAGCCCAGAACUCCAGUUGCAGUUCUCUAAUGACAUCUACAGCACCUAUAACCUGUUCCCACCAAGACCACUAAGUGAUGUAAAGACGACUGUGGUUUACCCUGCCACAGAGAAGCACCUGCAAAAGUACUUACGCCAGGACCUCCAUCUGAUCAGGGAGACCGGGGACGAUUACAAGAACAUCACUCUACCUUAUCUGGACUCACAGAGCCUCAGCAUCCAGUGGGUGUAUAAUAUUUUGGAGAAGAAGGCUGAAGCUGACCGGAUUGUAUUUGAGAACCCUGAUCAUUCUGAUGGCUUUGUUCUCAUUCCUGAUCUCAAGUGGAAUCAAAAACAAUUGGAUGACCUCUACCUGAUUGCCAUCUGCCAUCGCCGGGGGAUCAAGUCUCUACGAGAGCUGACUGGGGAACAUUUACCUCUACUCAGGAACAUCUUGCAAGAGGGGCAGGAGGCCAUCCAGCAGCGCUAUCAAGUGAGGGAAGACCGGCUUCGAGUUUACCUGCACUACCAGCCCUCUUAUUAUCACCUUCACGUGCACUUCACUGCCCUGGGCUUUGAGGCACCUGGCUCAGGGGUGGAGAGGGCACACCUGCUGGCUGAUGUGAUUGAGAAUCUGGAAUAUGACCCACAAUAUUAUCAGAAGCGCACCCUCACUUUUGCCCUGAGGGCUGAUGAGCCUCUGCUUAAGCUCUUCCAGGAGGCCAAGAAGAACUGAGGGGCUCACAUGUGGAGAUGGGGGGAAUUUUUAUCACCAUGUUGGUUUUUUAAAAACUUUUUAUACUGGUUGGUUCUCUUUCCCAAUGAAUAAAAUACCUGGUUCACUAGGC